AUGACUGGAACAUGGCUGACCGUUUGGGUCACGGUAGCCUGUGCCACAGAUAUGACCCUUUUCGGUUACGAUCAGGGUGUCUUUGGUGGAGUCGUGGUCACACAGGACUACAUCACACAACUCAAUCUCACCAACAACGCCAGUCUACUAUCAACUAUCACUGCUAUCUACGACAUCGGGUGUUUCUUCGGAGCCAUUGCUGCAGUUAUGAUUGGCGAUCCGCUAGGACGUAAGAACUCGAUUCUGCUAGGAACCACGAUUAUGUCUAUCGGAGCACUUCUCCAAUGCACAGCCUUCGGAGUCCCUCAGAUGAUCGUUGGGCGUAUCGUAGCCGGCGUAGGUAACGGCAUUAAUACGUCUACCGCACCCGUCUGGCAAGGAGAGACUUCUAAGGCAUCGUGGCGGGGUAAGCUCGUAAUCAUAGAGAUGAUUUGUAAUAUCGGAGGCUUCUCAAUUUCUAAUUGGGUGACAUUCGGCUUCUCUUACAUUGACGGAGGAGCUGCGUGGAGGAUACCGUUGGCCCUGCAGUUUAUCUUCAUCUUCAUUCUAUUCGGCACGGUUCCUUGGUUACCAGAGUCUCCUCGUUGGCUUAUUAGCAAGGGCCGUAUUCAAGAAGCCGACCAGAUCCUUGCGGCACUUGAGUCGACGAGCGCCGAUGAUCCACAGAUCAUCACUGCGAGCAAGGAGAUUCAGUACGCUGUCAACUACGAGCGUGAGAACUCUCCUUCCUGGGGCGAGCUACUUCGAGGCAAGACAGGAAGAGAAGGUGGUACCUGUACGAUGCGUCGUCUCUUCUUAGGGAUGGGUGCACAAGCUAUGCAGCAAUUGGGUGGCAUCAAUGUCACUUCCUACUACCUGCCCACGGUCUUGAUUCAAUCUGUCGGUCUUACCGAGAAGCUAGCCCGUCUCCUGGCCGCCUGUAACUCUGUCUCAUACCUUCUUUUUUCAUUCAUCUCCAUCCCUAACAUUGAGAGAUGGGGGCGCCGAAAUAUGAUGAUCUACGCCUCAAUUGGCCAAGGGUGUUGCUACCUACUGAUUACUAUCUUGCUACGUUUCAGCGAGCUGGAUGGCUUUGCUCACCAAGACGAAGUCGCCUCUGCGUCGAUUGCUUUCUUCUUCCUCUACUACGUCUUCUUCGGCAUUGGAUGGCAAGGUGUUCCUUGGUUGUACCCUACUGAGAUCAACUCUCUUUCGAUGCGAACGAAAGGAGCUGCUCUGGGUACUGCGACUAACUGGAUCUUCAACUUUAUGGUCGUCGAAAUCACGCCUAUCGGGAUUGACAGCCUCCACUGGAAGUUCUACAUCAUCUGGACCGUGUUCAACUUCAGCUUCAUCCCUAUAGUGUAUUGCCUCUACCCGGAGACAAGUGAUCGAACGCUUGAGGAUAUGGACCGUUUCUUCCGCGAGAACCACGAUCCUCUUGUGUUCCGCCACAAGGAGGCCAUCAGCACUAAGCGUCCCCUGGCAUAUAUCGAAUAUGAGCAAGAUGCGGUAAGACGUACCUCAUCUGUCCAUGCUGGCACGGCAAUGAAUGCAGCCCGCAAUAAGAGCAACGCUACUGAGUUCAACGAGAAGAAGGAUGGCAGAAAUGCUACUUUGAGCACGGAUGGUAGCCGUGAUGAGUUCAAGGAGGAUGUCUAA